AUGAUUGCAUUUGAAACCCCAGGUUUCCUUGGCUGCACAUGCAUACAUGUAACAUUAUUUUGUUCUGUUUUAGAACCUGUAAUUCGCAUUAACUCAUGGGUUGCAGUGGGUGGCCAUGGACAGCAACACAAAGCAAUUAAGCAAGUCUCACCAAUUCCUGGAGAGGCUUCAAGAUGCUGUCAUGGUGAGCUCUUCUUGGAGGAUAUACAGACUGAUGAAGAUAAAUUGAACAGCAGUCUUCUGUCUUCUGAAUCCACGUUUAUGCCCGUGACUACUGCAAUGUCACCUCUUUCACCUUCCCAUGAUUUGAGGCUUCCUACAGAUGGUCUUACUCCCAGUGAUACCUCAGCACCACUGCAUUUGGAAACUGGAGAUGACCAUGAAGAUAGUGAUGACCAAAAACAUCUGAAGGCAGCAAGGACAGAAGAUCAUGAAUCAUGGGUGGGAAGAUCUUGCGAGAGAAGCAAAGUAGAGAGUGGCAAGAUGUUACUUGCAUCCAGUCCAAUGCAAUCUUCUGUGACCUUCACUUUAAGUGAAAGCGAAAACCCAAUGUCAGUUGAAUUAACAAAGGAGCAACGUUUUCCAGACAACAAAUUGUCAAGUCAGGUGCAAGUGGAAACCGUGCAGGAGAUGAUAGAAGAGGACACAAAGCCAAAUAAAUCUGAUAUGUCUAAAGCAACUGAGGCAACCCCAGAUUAUAUGAAUAAAGCAGCUGUAAGGAUUCAAGCAUGCUGGCGUGGAUUCUACACUAGGAACUGGAAUCCACGAGCAAAGGAAAUACGUUGUGAAAUCCGACUACGUAGGAUGCAAGAACAUGUGGAAUACUUAACUGAAGAAGUAUUCAGAUGGAGGAAAGAGUGUGAACAAGAGCGUAUUCAAAGAAUGGUACAAGAAGAAGCUGUAAAGUUCUUAUGGAACGAGGUUCGGAGCCUCCAGGAGUGGCGAUUAUCAAUGAUCCAGAAACAAAAUGAAGUUCUACACCCUGACACAAAGGACCCCAUUUUUCUGCAACCUAAGUUUGUUCAUCCUCCUAUAUGCACACCCUUAAAUAAUCAUAAAAGCCUUUCGUCCAGACAAAAUACUAGCUUGGAGAUUUCAGUGCAAGAAUUUCCUGACUCAGGAUUUCAGUCUUCAGACAUCACCCACAAUUGUCUUCAAGAUUCUCUGAAUUCUUGUCAGAGUUCCUCAGAUGGGAGCACAAGCACAGUUUUAGAAGCCAACUCUGAAUUUAAAAAAAUAGACAAUGAACGUUUAAUAAAUGGUCCUGCAGAGCCAACCAGUCUAGAUUCCAUAGACACAAAAUGGAAUCAGGAGAACUCCCAUAAUGAACAGGACAGCAGCCUUAUACAGCAAUAUCUCAAUUCUGUAAGGCAGCUGGAGGCUGCUGAAGAGGAAUCAAAUUGUAGUGGGAGAACAGAAUACAGUAGUAGGAUUGAUCAUGAUUCCCUCAGUGGUGCCUCGGUUGAAGUGUCUGAAGAUGACUGCACAGAAAUUCCAGAUUACCUCUGCCAAACAGAGGAAUGUGUCAGUGAUGGACAAGAUCAAGACCAUAAGUGAAUCUCUAAGCAGCAUCAAUUUGAUAUAAAUAACUUAAUCCAUGACCAUUUUACAGUAAUACUAAUAAGCCCGUAUUUAAGUGAAAGCAAUACUAAGAAGGUCUAAAUUUGUCUAAGGUGCUGGAAAAAUAUUGGAUUCAAUACCUGUUCUUCCAAAGAAAUUGUGCAAGUAAAAUGUAAUUAUGCUAAUUAAUGUGUUAAUUUAUUUAGUUUCUCCUGUCAGCAUUUCAACUAGGAUUGAAUUGCAUACUGUGUACAGUUCCAGUUAUUCUCUGAUUGUUAUUCUGAUGAGGAUGUUUUACGUUAUAGUUUGGUCCAGUUAUCCAUGACACUUGGUUCAUGAUACUUGGUAUAAGUAGGUCUACAUCUUCCUUUCAACAUGAUGGUAUGACUGAGAUAAUUAAAUUUCUGCAUCUUAUUCAGAAGGUGUGAAAUUUUAUUGUGUUCAAUGGCAAAAAUCUGAAGCUGUUAUCAAGAAAGCUUUCUUAUUUAUUUUUAUGUAUAGUGUGGAUUAGGAUGAUAAUUUGAUCUUAAAUGUGCAGGUCUAUUUGUUAUUGACCUAUAUUUAAGUUUAAGACUGAAGAAAGUGUUUCUUGUGUCCCUUUAUUUGAUUUUUAUUUUGUAAGCAAAAAUGAAAUGACAAAUAUAUAUGGUAAUAUCAGAACAAAAUUGAUAAAUGCAUUAUUAUCUGUCUCCUUGCUGUUUAUUUAAGGUUAUGGAAAAUAACUGAACACUAAAGUGCAUGUAAGUUUGCUCAGAAAAAUAUACAUUUUACAAUAGCAACUAAAAAAAAACCAAUCCAGACUAUUCUCAAUGUUUGAUUUUAAUUAUAUUUAUGGUUUUUCUGAUUAUCUAUUUUCAGUGGCAAUUCUUACUGUCAAAUGUGCAAAAUAAAUACUUUUUAACCCUUCCAUUUUCUUGCUUCUAAAUGAAACAGAUCUAAUCAGGAAAAUUAAGUGAUUUGAAUGCAACCUUAAUCAAUACUAAUAUUGACAAUGGCGAUAUGAGUAACGAUAUAAUGAGGAAGAAAGUUACUAACUAUACAAGGAUGGGGAAGAUGUUAAGUGAAUCCUCCAAAUGUAUAAAAUGUAUAACACUGUGGAAUGUGCAAAGGUUACUUAUAAGUUAGGAAUCAUGAAGUAUUCCAAAUCUUACAUGUGAAAGUACUGGGUCCUUUUAUAGGUCUAACCAAAAGAGGAUUGCAUCCAAGACAAGAUUAGAUAAAAAGCACAACAUUCUGGAUUGUACAAAAGUGAAAAUCCAAAUUAUUUCUUCUUACCUACUUAACAAUGUGAUCAUUGAAUUCUGGAAGUUCUUUCUCUCAAGUUGGCAUUUUUGUAACAUUAAAAUUACCAUUUUUUUUUCCCCUUUUCAAAAUUUGCAUAAACUGUAAUACCUUGUAUACAAUAGUGUUUUCUUUUGUGCAUUAAAUAAUCAUUCCAAAUGGUUUGCUUCAUUGAUCAAAUUAUCAUUGAUCCUGUAAGUUGUUGAAUUUUAGAUGUAUAAUAAUAAAUCUUUAUCCUGAUGGGCAA